AGCAGUACCCCGAACAACCUCGGCACGGUCAAGAAGCUCCACGCGUGCCUGUUCCCCGUCGUCUACUCGCCCUCCUUCUUCGACUCGCUCCUCAACCCGGCGGCCCACCCCGAGGACUACAACAAGCUCGUCUUCUACCAGGACCUGCCCGUCGGCGUCGUCGUGUGCCGCCUCGAGCUGAGCGACGCCGCGACCCCGAAGACGCUCGCCGAGGCGGCCGCGGCGACCAAGCUCUACAUCAUGACUCUCGGCGUCCUCGUCCCAUACCGCCACCAAGGUCUCGGCAGCAAGCUCAUCCACCACGUCCUGACCUCGGCGGCCGCGACGCACCCACGCCCCAAGGUCGACAGCGUGUACCUUCACGUCCAGGUCGGCAACGACGACGCGAGGAGGUUCUGGGAGAAGUGGGGCUUCCAGGUCAAGGACACCGUCGCCGACUACUACCGCAAGAUCGAGCCUCGCGACGCGUGGCUCCUCGAGCGCACGGUCGAGCCGCAGCUGUCCGAGGGUGCGAGCGCGAGCGCGUGA